AAAGACAAUAAAUAGAAAAAGCGGAGACCUCUCUGACUGACUGUAUCUGGACGCUGGAGUCUGAGCUCUGAACUGUUUGAACUAUGGCGUGGGUGGCGGCUGGAAAGAGUUUUCAUCUGCCGGCGGUCGAUAUCAGAGCACUCCGUACUCGGGCUCCGUUAGCCGUCGGCGUCGGUUGCGUAUCAUUCGCCGGUUCCAAGUUCGCCCGAUCUACUACCGCCCUUCGAUCAAAACCCUUCGCAUGUGUUGGCAUUGCCACUGAUGCCAGUGUGAAGGAAGCUGUACAGACUGAGAAGGCACCAGCAGCUUUGGGACCGUAUUCUCAAGCUAUCAAAGCAAACAAUCUUGUUUUUGUUUCAGGGGUUCUUGGCCUUGUCCCCGAGGUUUGGGAAAAGCUAGUCAUUACAUAUUAUAUAUUUUCGUUGGUGAAACACUUACAAACUGCUUCUAAAAUUAUAAUGCAGACUGGGAAGUUUGUCUCUGAUAGCGUGGAGGAUCAAACAGAGCAGGUAUGUUACUCCAGUACAAAUAUACAAUCUUGUAAUUGAUGCUUAGCCAUUGUUGUAGAAUCAUAUGAGUUACUAAAUUUGGAAUUCUAAAUUUUCAACUUAUUUAUGCUAUACUGUUGGAUAUGGUAUUAGGAUUUCUAAAUUCUAAUUUCAUCGGAAAGGAGUUAAUAAUUAUAUGAAAUGGGUGUUCUUAUUUAUUCUCUUAUGUUAGACAUCAGUGUUAUGUUUUCUUUUGUCGGCAUGCUGUUAUGGUUUUGUUACCAUGUCACCCUGACGGCAAACUUUAGAUUAUGUUUAAAAUUUGAACUCGUAGUUUUAAAGAUUGAAGGCUUAGUUCGUAGAUGAUAUUUCAUUCUCCGUAUUGAAAAGAGGAUAACCUACUAAUAUGGCGGAGCUUAUGCGAUAUUAACAGGUUCUUAAGAAUAUGGGCGAGAUACUAAAAGCAAGUGGUGCCAGCUAUUCCUCCGUAGUUAAGACCACAAUCAUGUGAGUGUUCAAUCUUUGAUUCAUUUCUGGAUUUAUCUGUUGUUUGUUUGGCCUGACUUUCUCAUUCUUAAGGCUGACGAAUCAUUUGAUUUUGCUGCAGGUUGGCUGACUUGAAGGACUUUAAGAAAGUCAAUGAGAUUUAUGCUAAAUGUAAGUCCACUUUGCUGAAGCUGGUUCGUUAUUCUUUAUUGAUAUCCUAUUUUACCUUCUUCUUGUGCAGGAAAAGCAUAGAACACAGUGAACUGCAAUCACGAACCCACAUUAUUAUGCAUAUCUGUUGUCCUAAUGUUUUUAAUGCUACAACUUAUUUGAAAAUACAUAUCUCUCUCUCUCUCUCUCACACUGUGGAUUUCUACUUUUCUUGCCCCUGAUGAGAUCUAAUAUAGUGACCCGAUUAUCUUGACCUUUAAUUUGUUUGUUCCCUGUUGCUGUGAUUGUAAGCACCCGAAUAUCUUCCUUGAUUAUCUUGACCUUAACUUUCCUCUUUCAUAACACAGAAAAGGGUUUCAAAAUGCAAUUUAGGGAAUAUCUUUCUACAUUAUUCAGAUUGUGAAGAAUUUCCAAUUCAGUUUGAACAUAUGUUACAGAUGUUUUUUUUUGGAUUCUGAGUCUCCUUUGGCAUAUUGUAUGAUGCAGAUUUUACAUCACCUGCACCGGCUCGUUCAACUUACCAGGUUGCCGCUCUACCACUAGAUGCAAAGAUUGAAAUAGAAUGCAUAGCUGCUUUGUAAUUUCCUUGGGAAAACAUGCUGUGGAAUUCAUGACCUUUUCAAUAAAUUGAGAGUAAUCCAUGUAGGAUGUAAAACCUUAUCAGGAUUGUAUUCUUGGAAAAAAUAAAUAUUGCAAUUCUAACUUUAUUUGAGAUGAAGUUCAAAUUCUGCUACUAUUCUUGGCUGCUGGUGUAGUGGAAACCACCUCUCAAUCACAUGAUCAUAUUCUCCCGAAAUUACUAAAGUUGCAGGAAACUAGCAAAAGAUGUACUCUUCUUGCUCCAAAAUGAUUGUAUAACUUAGAUUUUUUUUUUUUAGAACACAUUGUAUUACAAAUGAAAAUU